AUGAGACUGUAUCCCGUGCACGAAAGACCGAGCACAACCCCUAAUGCUGCUGCACUUUCACUGCCUUAUGAGGAAGCAUCCGGAAAGGUGGAGCUGGCGCGCCAGCACGGCUACGCGGCCGAGGAGCACCGCGCGGUGACGGCGGACGGCCACGUGCUGGCGCUGCACCGCAUCCUGGCGCGCCAGUCCGCUGGCGCCACUGCCGCCCCCGUCGUCCUGCUGCAGCACGGGGUGCUCGCCAGUUCGCUGGACUGGGUCAUCGCCGGACCGGACACCGGCCUGGGGUACCGGCUGUCCGACGCCGGCUACGACGUCUGGAUGGGGAACCUGCGCGGCAACGUCUUCUCCAAGGAGCACCUCACGCUGUCCACCAGCGAUCAGGCGUACUGGAACUACAGCUGGCACGAGGAGGGCCUGCUGGACAUCCCUGCUCUGGUGGAGGCGACGCUGAACGCUACUGGCGCGCCGCGGCUGGCGCUCGUUGGGCACUCGAUGGGCGCCACGGCGGCGCUGGCGGCGCUGGCGCUGCGGCCGCGGCUGGCGCGCCACCUGCACCCGGUCGUGCUGCUGGCGCCAGUCGCGCGCCUCAAGCGCUCCACCAGCAUCUUCACCAGCACGGCCUCGCUCUGGCCGCUCCUCAUGACUCUCUUGCCUGAGCUGUUUGCCCAUUAUCCAACGCAGACGUCCAUCAAGACCAUGUGCCACUUUAUGCAGCUCAUGGCGUCAGGCCGCUUCAGCAUGUUCGACCACGGUGCCGAAGAGAACCAGAGGGUGUACGGCAGCGCGCAGCCCCCGGAGUAUCCCUUGCACAGGGUGGCGGCGCACACCGCCGUCUUCUACGGGGACAGCGACCCCUUCACUACCGCCGAGGAUAUGCGAUGGUUGGCGAGUCGGCUUCCGAAGCUGAUGGGCAGCUACCAGAUACCAACCAAGUCGUUUAGCCACCUCAGCUUUCUGUGGUCCACAGACGUCGUCGAUGCCCUCUACGACCCGCUGAUCAACUUCCUUAAUUACGUCCUCGACCAUAACUGCUGCUGAAGUCACCGCACUAACGCCCCGUUAUAGGGGACGCCAUUUACCCUCAAGGGAAGCCAGUGUUGCUGAAUGAAAUCUCAUCUACGAACUUACCGACCGCGCGCAAUAUGUUGGUUUACUUUGUACGUCUGAGACGAAUAUUUAAAGCAACAUCUUCCAAUUAAUGUCAGCAAGCCUGUUACGUGAAAGCGUGUUUAUUUUCUAAAAUGAACUGACCGUCCUUUAUUUCGUUUUCCUUUCUUUUUUCUUCUUUCUUUUUUAACGGAAAUUAUAUUUCUAGAAGUUUCUGUAAAUUCAGCUGUUUCUGCUUUCCCGUGAUCCAUUAUUUAUUGCUGCACAAAAAAUAUUGUUACUGCACUAAGUAGAGGAAGCACUAGAAGCAAAUUAUUUACAAAAAUUCCUAGUCUGUUUUCCUAGAUUUUUACUCGUAUUCAGGUAUUUCUUGCUGUGGAAGUUCACAUUCAGUCCAACAAAGAAUCGUCAGCAUAACUGCGUUGCACGAGUGACUGUGAAGGAAGCAGAGACAGAAAAGAGUAGGGACUGGUACAUAGUUCUGAAAAUGGUGAGUCUCCUGGGAAUAUGCAACAGUUUAAUAGGUAUCCGUUUUCAGAAGCAAAUAUAAUGAUGCGGAUUCUGUUCUAACGUACUGUGAUUUCUGCGAAUCUUGAUCUCAUUAACGUGUUCGGUAAUCAGACCUUCCAAUUACUGAAUUUCACUCUUUCGUAUGUCUAAACUGUCGCAUAUUAUUAAUUAUUUCGUGGCAUCGACUACUGAAGAUAUCCGUGAUGUCAUAGCGAGGAAGGGAGGCAGGAAUUGUUUAUUUCAUUGUUCAUUUCUAGUAAUUAAAUGUAAUCAGCUUUCCCCGAACGGUAACAUAACUCGAGGCUGAUUGUUACUUCCAGUUUAGUAAUUUGUAAUGGAUCGGAAAAGUUAGAGAUCUAAAAUUUAGGUACCUGGAUUGAAGAAUCCGUGGAACAAUGACGGUAACACCACUGAUUUUGUAGCAGACUAUGGACAGAAUCAAAAACUAAGAUCGUGUGUCAACGUACAUACCGUGUACCAGUGUACAAAGUAAGAAACAUCUACGGUCUAUUAACGCGGUAAAUGUAGCUAGCCGUGUGUUUGGAGCCAAGUUAUUCGUAGAUUAAUCCGAGGGCAUAUUAUAAAGCAAUAAGUUUCAUCAGUUCCGUUAAUUUAAGUACGGUAUAAACCAAAGAUUGUAAAACAGUGGUAUAAGCGAAGGAUGGAGGGAUGAGUUACAAAUACUGAUAAACAAACCAAAUUCGAGUACAUCAGCUGAAAAGCGCUGUAGGUCUAAACGAAUAAUGAGGAGCGAACUUUCCCCUACUACAGUCACUGCUAAGAUAUUGCGCAAAAUUUUGUGGAAGGAUCGGAUAUAUUAUAUCGAUGCUCGGUGACAUCGACUUGUGAGCUGGAAAAAAAAUCAUGCACUGCGGUAUACACUGAGUCGAAUGGACAAUCGAGCAAACGUAUUUGUUUAAUAAACGGAAGUCACUUUCGCAUUUUUAUCAGAAUGCUGUUGGAUUCAGUGUCAUUGAUCUCACUCAUGCUACUUACACGCGUAUCCAAAGCAUCCUCACGAUAUAAUUUAAGAACUAUAUU